CAUACAUUGGAGUCAGCAUGGAAGGGGAAAGCAUGGUCAUAGAUCAGUCAGAAUCCAUAAUAUAACUUGUACCUGUAACAGUUGGGAACCGGAUUCGACUGCACCAUCCAAUGGAGUCGACCAGCAUAAUGAUGACAACGAAACUCCACAACCACGCCGUCAAAGAACACCGCCUAGUGGAGGCCCACGUUCGAGCAUACAUGAGAUAAUGGCUCGUUACCACAGGAUCUCAAGAGAUAUGGACGAGUAUAUGCAAAGCCAAAAUUCGCAAGAGAACUCUGCCGAAGGACACGGAGAGCGUCGCGAGACGCCGCUCGCGCUGGCAGAGUCAACCAGAAUGGCGAUUGAAAGGGCCGAAAUGCUGGCGCGCUCCGAGCCACCUGAUGAACAGACUUUGAAUCAGUCAGGAGUCAACAAUAGUAGUGUGGCGGACGACGAAUGCUCUAUUUGUUUCGAAGUCAUCCCUCAGGCGGGUGCACUAGCGGUCGAGCCUGAUGACGAACGACACUUUCUGCCUUGUGCACACUUUUUUCAUCACAAGUGUAUUACACAGUGGCUACAGAACUUUGGAGCGGUAUGCCCCCUCUGUAGAAGAGACCCUAGACGGGCAGGGCGAGAGCUAUUAGGCUCGCCAAGUUCUGGCGAGGAUUCUGACAGCGAUUCGAGUACAGAGGAUAGAAAUAACGGGGGUGGAGAAAGAAUAGGUUUGCCUCCUCUGCUCAUAGCAUUACUGCUCGCAGCUCGGUACCCAGGUCUUUUCCUUCUCUUGGAAGACACCCUACCAGCCCCCAUGCUCGAUGAUCUCGUCCGAGACGAUAUCUCUCUGAGACCUACUCCAAGAUCCUCAGUACAUGAAGCUGUCAUGGCCAACGCCGGGCCAGCUGAAACAAUGGACGCAGCCGGUACAACAGAGACCAACGAAUACAGACAGAGACCAACCUGUACUAUUUGCCAAUCGUCAAUGCGUCUUCCAAACCAAGAAGGUUCUGAAACAGUCGAUGAUAGUACCUCCAGUGAAACAUCUGGGCAUUCCGAAGGCGCCAUUUCGACUCUGCCCUGCACCCAUUCUUUCCACUUUGCAUGUAUAUCUACAUGGCUCGUCGAAUCACACUCUUCCUGGAGACGACGUCGAUGUCCGAUCUGCAGAUACGAGCUAACCCUGCAAGAGACAGAGACCAUUCUCAAUCCGCAUAUUGAUAGUCCUCAAAGCACUUCUACAGUGCUUCCGAACGAUGGCGUGGAUCUACAUGACAUGGAGAUGCCUUCCCCUCCCUCUCCCGCAUCCCAUAUAUCGUCAGACGAUUCUCUUAUUGCCGACGAACGGCUCAUGCCUCAUAUAGGAUCGGAAAGUCGUGACGAGAAUGAUAUCAGGGCAGCCUCUAGGAAUGAUGUUCAUGACAGUGAAACAGAUCAUUCAAUUGAUAUGCUUCUCGAUGGAGAUGAUACAGGCCACCGCGAAGCGAGCACUUCAUACAAUGCGCCUGCAGCUGCCAACCUUUAUCCAAUCACCUCGAUAGGCUAUCCACCGCUACCUCAUCUUCUUCCUAGGGUGGAUAGGGACCGGCACCACGAGUCAAAUACGCGCCCAUCACCAAGCUCACUUUGGAUGCCGAUAGGGGAUGUCACACUCCCUGUAGAGCCCCAACCUCCUACACACCUACAAACUAACGACACAACCGAAGUUAGUGAUAGAUUGGUCUCCUUUUCUAGAUUUUUUGAAGAUUUAGAGGCCACUACAAGAGGCCCAGUGGUCUCUCCAGCCCAAACGGGGACGAGGGGCGAAGUCAAUGAUCCGCUGCGAAGUGCAACCAGUGAUUUACCUACAGGCACGGUAGAUAGAGGUAGCAAUGUACCAAAUCCUAUUACUACUACUCCAUUGGACCUAUCGAGGACCCUUCCGUCAUUGCCGACGGAAGGACCUGAACGAUACGGUCAACCUGGGAGAGCAAUUCGUCGCCCUUCGAUCUCCCACAGGCUCAUAACAAGCGCAAGGGAACCAGAGGAGGGAAUGCAAGCGUCAAACCCUGCUCCUCCCAUCUCGAUUCCCGUUCGCCCACCCGCUGUGUAUUCCACAGAGGCACCCAUACCACUAGUAAGCAUAGGACGAGAUACCUCACACGUCCGUGCUCAACAAUCCCCGAUACCUGAAGAACGGCACGUCAUAACUACUCAGCCACACCUUACAGAACAACCGCACAUUCCUACACCAAGUUCAACUGCAGCGCCAAUCACUCGUCAGCCCAAACUGAAAAAGCCAAUGUCUAUGUACACGAACAAGAGCUAUAGCAAGUCCACAUGUGAUGACUGUGACGGCGUUUGCAAGGCAGUCGUUGUCUGCGCUCCAUGGCUGGUGGGCAUAGGUAUAGCGUACGGAGUAUAUGCCUUCAUAAGGCAUGUAAUUCAACCAGCCUGGUCAGACGUUACAGCUGCUCAGCAGCUGGGGAACUUGUUUCGACUUUUGAGAACCGAUCCAGUCUCUCAAUUUGGGCCUAACGAGCGCAAUGAUAGCGACGAGACACCAGGGCAACCAACUAGGCAAGAUUCCGAAAGAGACAUACCUCAUAGAAUUCUGCCCAGUGACGUCCCACGUUCAAAUAUACACAAGAUAAUAGCCCCUUACAAUAAGGGAUUUAAAGAGCCAGAUAUUUCGAAUAGACCCAGCAUAUUGGUUCUCUCUGUCUCCAGAAGUUUGCUAAGAGGAGACACAUGGUUGGUGGCGAGAGCAAAGUCCCUCAACGCACGCGAUGCCCUUCACCAAAAUUCUCUUGAAGUUCCUGAACAAUUCUAUAUGUCAAAGUGCAUAGAAGAAGCGUACUCUGAAAUAUAUCAUCUUCAGAAUCUUGCCCAGUUGACUGCCUUGAUGUUGUCAUCAUCAUUAAGAGAUGUAAUAUUGGACUGGGGGCAUUAUAGUGCUUGGGUCCCAGAUGUUGGGUCUUGUAUGGCACUGAUACAGCCAUUGGGUCAAUCAGUGGUGGCCAUACUCCUGACCUCUGGGUUGGAGGCUGUCGAUUUUAUGCCAGUCGAUCAUAUUCCUGAUUUGGCGAUGUUCAGAGAGG